AUGGAGACGGGAGAGAAAGUGGAGAAAGCAGCUGCGAAGGAGGCCAAGACGGACCUCAAGGAUGUGUCAUCGGCGGUUUUACAUUUCCAGCAGGCAGCGGAGAUGUUAUUUUCGUCCCCGGUGCAGGCUGCUCCAUGCCGGGGCAAGCUGGGCUUUAAGUGGGCGGUGCGCAGCGUCAUCCUGAUGACUCGCUUCUGCCGCUACUUCAUAUCCCGUUCCAACUAUCGCCAAUUCAUGGAGUUCAACUUCCGGGAGACCAUCACCAACCAGCCGGCCGGUGGAACGGGUAAAAGUCUGGUGUUUGACCUGAACCACUUCAAAGUGAAAGAGGACCGGAUCCCUGUCCUGCUGGUGGAGAUUAUGCGGAAGUGCCCAGAGGAGCGUUCUGAGUCGGAGGUGUUGCUGGUUCACAACAUGCUGAGCUCUGUGAGCAUGUUCCGUCGCUACAGUGGAACCUUGCAACUCCUUCUGGCCAGGGUGGUUCGCUAUCAGAGGUUGGAGCGUCGCAGAGUGGUCAUUAAGAAGGGCCAUUGGGGACACAGCUUCUACUUUGUGUUCUCUGGGCUCCUGGCCGUCACCAAGGACACUGACGGUAGCAGUGCCUUCGUGGAUAAGGAGCCCAUCCUCAUCAAGAAGGGCAUGAGCUUCGGGGAUGUGGCCUUGAUCAAAACGCUGAGGAGGAAUGCCACUGUGGUGUGCAUGGAGGAGACGGAACUCAUGGUGGUCGACAAGGAAGACUUCUUCGCUAACAAGAUGGACGUGGAGCUCAAGAGGGAGUUUGACUAUCGCUUCAGCUUCUUCCGGUCACUCCAGCUAGUGUCCUCCUGGUCAUACUCUCUCAUUGAACAGAUGGCUGACCAUUCCAAGGCCGAGCAAUUUCGAUACGGCCACGUGGUCGUCAAGGACACCAACGACAUGGGCAACAUCAUUUUCAUUGGCAAGGGCCAAUGUGACGUGUUGAGAGUGGUGGACCUUACCUCCUGCAGUACCUACCAACGCCUCCUAAAACAGUAUGCAGACUCAGUAAGCAGAGGUACAUGUUUGCCAACACAUGGAUUCAAAGGCGAGCUGACAAACCAACCAGGAAGUGUCAUAAAACACAAAGUCCUCCUCAAUAAUCCUCCACGUCCUCCCAGAGGACUUCCUGCAGACCUGCCCACCAGCGCCUGUUUUCUGAUCGACACCCUUCAUCAGAGCGGCACAUUUGGUCUGAACCAGUACCUGAUGCCGUCGAAGCAGAGAGACUGUCGCAGGUUCACUCUGGUCAGCCAGAGCGUGGAGAUCCUGCGGGUGGAGAAGACUCGAUUUGACAAGCUGGUGGACAACACCACCAUGAAGAAGCUGGAGGCCCUGCAGAAAACCUACCCAAGCGACGACGAGCUGUGCACUGUGUUCCUGGAACACAGCCGCUGGAAGGACUACAAACACAGUGUGAUACAGGACCUGUUCCCCGACCGGGUCGCCCCAAUCAGAAGCCCCAAAACCCAGAAGCAGCAGGGCCACUGUGGCCCCAGCCAGGCCCUUCAGCAGACCAGACACGUGGUCAACAGGCUCAAACAGACAAAGCAGAGGGUAGAGCCAAACAAAAAAUAAUUCAAUAAAGGAAUAACUGUGUAGAUGAAUCAAUACAUAGACAUGGUUUUAUAAUAUAUAAUAAAUAAUAAAAUAUAUGCCAUUUAGCAGACGCUUUUAUCCAAAGCGACUUACAGUCAUCAUGUGUGCAUACAUUCUACGUAUGGGUGGUCCCGGGGAUCGAACCCACUACCCUGGCGUUACAAGCGCCAUGCUCUACCAACUGAGCUACAGAAGGACCAACACAUAUCAAUAUCCUUCAAGUAGAUGAAUGAAUACAUAGACAUGGUUUUAUCAAUAUGCUUCAAGUUUGAGCGCUUGCUGCAUUUUUCAUUAUUUUCAUCCUUAUGGCUCAUGCCUACCUUGCAACUAAAAACUAUUUCACGGCAUUUUAGUUAACAUCAGGCAGAAAUCAAAUUAUCUGCACACCAUAAUACCUUUUCUCAAGAAGAAUGGUUUUGAAGUAUAAUUUCUCAUGAGUAGGUCAUGAGAAAACAUACUUUAAACCCUUCUGCCCCUGCCUCUGCUCUCUGCGAGUAGAAAGCUGAAGGAACUCGGUUGUCACUAGUUAACACAGCCAGGGAGUCGAAAUUGGCUAUAUUGUAAAUAAAAAUAAAGAAAACAAAAAUGUGUUUUAUUAUCUUAAUGUAAGGUUAGGUUUAGACAUAAGGUUAGUAGUGUGCUUAGGGUUAGGUGUAAAAACAGAUAAAGAAAUUGUAGAAAUAGACAGAGGGUUUAGACAUACUUAUGGCUAUGUUCCUCUGCCCAGUUGUUGAUGAUGCAUGCUAGAUCUUACAAAGCCUGGAUAUUUUUUAAGUAUCAGCUUGCCACAUCAUGGACACAAUCCCCUGCUCAGAUGUUGCAUAUAUCAUCAACCAAUGGUUCCGUGCGACGUCGUCGACAGUGUCAUCCCCUGACAGAUUCCGAUAACAUAUGAUGUUACGACGACUGAGGAACUCCUAUAAUUUUACCCUAGUAGGCGGUAACUGCAUAACAACAUGGUGAUCAGCUGAAAGUAACCAAUCACAGCCAAACAUAUACUCGGUUCCCUCGCAACCAAGACCCACCCCUAACGACCCACGAGCUCCACAUCGGCAACGUAAAGGGAUUGAUGACUGUCGCAAACUCUGCAGCCUAAGAAAAAUACUGAAAUAAUUCCUCCAUAGACAUACAUGUAUAGCUGAAUGUCUUAUGCCUCUGAAAUAUAUAUUGUGGCCGGCAAAAUAAAUGUAAUUAUAUUCAAAGCUCCCCUUACUCAGCCUAUCCUAGCAAGGCAAUU